AUGGCGGUGGAGAGCUUCUAUGAAGCUGCAGAGAGCGCUGGUGGCGGCGAGGAAGGCGGAAGUGGUGACGGCGGCGAUCCAAACAAGAGGGUGAGGGGCAGUUUGACUCUUCGCGCGCAGCUCCUGACCUCUCGUGCCGCUGCGGCCAAACCUGCCAACGCGGCCUUGGACUUGAGCAGCAAGACCAACCGCGAGCUGGUGGAGCUACUGCGCCACAGGGACGAAGGGAUGAAGCUGGCCGCGGCGAGCGUGCUGGAGAAGAAGGUGUGCGGCGUGCUGGCGACUGACGUCGCGCGCGUUUCGGCCGUGGAGGAGCUGACUAAGAAUGGCCUUCGGCCGUUGGUUGAGAUCCUGACCGCCACCGCCUCCAGCACACAGCUCCUCUACAAGACCGUCGUUAUCCUCAUAGCCAUCUUCAACGGCACCGAUCGCCUGCGGCAGGUCGGAGGAUUGGGUCCUCUCCUGAGCCAUGUGUCGUCCGAGGAUAGCGCGCUCGUCAAGCAGCUCCUGGUCCUCAUCACCGAUCUCGCCCUCAAUGAGCAAAACCAAGACGGGUUCCGCCGUACGGGUCUGCUCGACAAGGUGGUGCCCACUCUGGCUCACCCAGAUCCCGAGGUGCGCCUCUCUGCUGCCGAGGCCCUGGUCAACCUCUCCGUCUCCGUCAAGAAUCAGGAGACGAUCGCCAAGGCCAAUGCUCUGCCCCUGGUAAUCCAGGCGCUGAGGUCCGACGACGAUCAUUUCCAACUACAGAGCCUUCUCCUUCUUCACAACCUGUCCCAGUGCGCGAUGGCCAAGGCCAACUUCACCAGCGAGGACCUGGCGCUACUGCUCACCUUCGCCGAUGCGCAGAAGCUGGGCCAGGAGCCCAAGGAACGCAAUCUCAUCGUGCAGCGCUACACUCUCGCCACGUUGGCCGGAUUGGCCAGCUUCGAGAAACACCAGCACAAGAUUGGAGAGCUGGGUGCAGUCAAGAUGCUGCUGCCGUUCCUUGAGCUCGUGGAAGGCCCCGUGCCCGUGGACGGCGAUGUGCUGUCCAGCGUGCUCGAAACCUUCGACCACCUACUGAACUUGAAGGACAAUCAGUACAUGUUUUUCCAAGCCAACGGGCACGAGCGCGUGUUGGCCAUCUUGCGCAAGCCACAGGCCUUCAGCGAGUCUGUCGUCAUCGAAGCCGCCUCCAUCGUUGCCCAUCUGUCCUCCUCCUCGAACAGCCACGUGUUUGGCUCCAUCGGCGUCAGGCAACUCAACAACCUGCUCGACAUGUACCCCCAGAACACAACCAUGCAUCUCCUGGUCGCCAAGACCUAUGCGUCGCUUUCCCAGGACGGACACAGCGCCCGCUUGCUGGUUGCGAAUCAGGCCGAGCUGGUGUUGGCCAAGUUCAUCCUCGAAUCCCGCACGAAGCAGGUGCUCGAGCACGCCUGCCUGGCCCUCUCCAAGCUCGCCGGAUUUGAUUCCGUGCGCGCCUAUAUUAUCCAGUCCGAGCUGGUGCGGAAGCUGAUCUCUCUGCUGGGCUACAGCGAUCAAUCUCUCGUCGCUCCCGUCACCACCACCCUUGGUCUCGUGGCCGUCAAGGAGGAGGGCAUGGCGGCGAUCAUGGACUACGGCGGUCUCCUGCCUCUCAUCACGCUGCUCCAGUCGCAGGACACCCGCAUACAGGAGAUGGCUCUGACCGCCAUCGGCAGGGUGGUCCUGGCCGACCAGUCGAGCACCAACAGGCAGGAUCUUGUGUACCGGGGCGGGUUGAAGGAGAUGAUCGGGCUCAUGACCUCGUCGAGCCCGGCCGUGCAGCUGCUCGUGCUGGGCAUCCUCAAGGCCCUCGCCAAAUACGAGGACAUGCGCGAACCGUUCCAACAGGGAGGGCUCAUGGAAAAGAUCCGCCUCCUCGCCGACCACCCCAACGUGCAGAAAGAGAACUCGAAUGUUAGGCAGACGCUGCGUAUGCUGCUGCUCGCGGUGAAGACCCUCCUGGACGCCCCGCCCACGCCCGUUUCCGUGCCCUCCUCGCCCAUGCUCAGUGCCCUCAACUACACACCUGAGGAGAUGCAGAAGCUGGACACGGUUUCGUUCACAUCAACAUCGCAGCUGGUACGCCUCUCCGCCUCCUGA